AUGCAUUCACAAGCUCAAGUACGGCAACCUCGAAUUCCUGAACAGCAAUCAGUCGGUCAAACCCUACCGCCAGUACCUGUGGGGAUGGACACUUCCAAUGCUCCUCCAUUGCCUCCCGGAGCUAUGCCAAGUGGCUCCCGUGUCCAGGUUCAAAAGUACCAAGUCAUUAUCCACAACUUCCUUGCUGAAGGUGGCUAUGCUCAUGUGUACAUUGCUCGGAUCGAAGGCAAAUCGGGAUAUGUGGUCCUCAAGCGUGUAGCUGUUCCUGAUAACGAACGACUUCGAACAAUCGAAAAGGAAAUUGCAUUCAUGCGACGACUAGGGGAUCACAAGAAUAUUGUACGAUACUAUGCUUCUCGUGUUGAUCCAAUGCCAAACGGUGGAUACGAAGCUUUCAUCUUGAUGGAGUACUGCCCUGGUGGUGGUGUCAUUGAUCUGAUGAAUAGACGGUUGCAGCAACGCUUGACUGAACCCGAGAUCCUCAAGAUUUUCGGUGAUGUGUGCGAGGCUUUGGCGUACCUUCAUUAUUGCAAUCCCCCUGUGCUGCAUAGAGAUCUCAAGGUGGAGAAUAUCCUGAUCCUCUCUCAAAACCAUUACAAGCUCUGCGAUUUCGGCUCUGCAUCCCUAUCCAAAGGUCCAUAUGUGCCUACUUCCCUCCAAGAGAUCCAAGCUGUUGAGGAUGAUAUCCAACGCCAUACUACACUUCAAUACCGCGCACCUGAGAUGAUUGAUAUAUACCAAAAGAAACCUAUCAAUGAAAAGGCAGAUAUAUGGGCACUAGGUGUGCUUUUGUAUAAGCUUUGCUAUUAUACCACGCCCUUUGAAGAGCAAGGCCAACUUGCAAUCUUGAAUGCGAGAUACUCGAUCCCUACGCAGCCACAUUUUUCAGAUGGAGUCAAGAGAUUGAUCAUGUCAAUGUUACAAGAGAAUCAAAGCCAGCGACCCAAUAUCUAUCAGGUGGUAAAAGCUGUCAGCCAGCUCAGAGGAGUAGAAUGUCCCAUUCGAAAUAUUUAUCAAGAAGCUCCUUCAUACACUUCUCAGCCAACGUUAUCAUCGCGUAGCUCUCCUGUGCAACACACUGUUACCACGGCAACCAGUAGUGCAUCCGAUUCUCCUUCUUCUAUCUUUGAGAAACUUCCUCCGCAACCGCAUCAGCUACCUGAAAUUACACCUAUGCGACGUGGACGACCUAAUCGACAUUCAAAGACUCCAUCACAAAACAUCAAUCAAUUUGAUCCUUUCAGUCCUUCGCAAGCGAAUGAACCAGUCAAAGAAACCGACAUUGACGAUGCUUUUGGAAUACAAGCAAAGAAUCAAUUGACAGGCAGCGAUGAUCAAAAUAGCAACAAAGCAAGGAACAGCAUGUUAGCAUUUGAAUCAGAUUUUCUACCAACGAAAAAAGAAGAAAAUGGUGGUGGUGGCCAUCACAGCCGGUCUGUCAGCAAUGCCUCCGAAUCAUCCACACGCAAUGACAACAACAGUAAUGCUGUAUCAACACCCAAAGUGGCAACAGCAACAACGACAGGACAAGAUGAUGAGGAUUUGAAAUUGAGGAAUGGGGUAGCAUCUGAUAUUGAAGCAAGGCUACAACGACUAAAGAUGAGCGUCGAACGACCCAAUACACCAAGCAGCACGGGAAAGAUUGAGGAAAAGGUAUCCAAUGGUGGUAGUGGCGUAUCGCCUUUAUUAUCAUCAACGCCACCUCCAAUGGCAACAUCGGCUCCACCUCCUCAAGCAUCUCCUUCUCCUCCCAUUAUUCCAACACGUUCAACAUCAACCAAACCACCUCCACCACCCAAACCUGCUCGUCUACGUGCAUCCAAACAACCAGUCUCAUCCUCCUCCCCUUCAUCUACUACACCAGCCGAUAGUCAACAUCUCGCUCCACCAACAAAGCCAGCUCGAUCAGAACAACGCUUACAACGUCAACCCUCCUUGUCAGACUUUGAGCAAAAGUUUCCAGCUAUAGAAGACAUUUAUAAGAACUUCUCUACUGCCACUACCAAUGACACACAACACAAGUAG